GAGGAGCUCGAAUUCUUUGCCAUCACGCAGACGUCAGGGCGAGCGCUUUCCUUUUCCUGCCUGCUGCGGCUUUUCUAGAGUUCUGUGAGGCAGUCCGAGUCGAUAUAAAGGUUUCAAAAUGACUUUUCAGUGGACAGCAGUGGCAACGUUCCUGUAUGGGGAAAUAACAGUUCUUUUAAUUCUUUGCAUUCCCUUUGUUUCUCCAUUAAGGUGGAGGAAAAUAUUCAGAUUUCAGUUAUGGAGUAAAAUAUCUCCGUAUUGGGACAAAGCAUUUCUAUCAAUCAUAGUUGUGUUGGUUGUCCUUUUUUUUGAUGCUAUAAGGGAAGUGAGAAAGUAUUCUGCAAAUCAGGGAAUUGAUAAAUCUGCAAACCUUCACCCUAGUUCUUAUGAUCACAUCCAAAUGAAACUUUUUAGAUCUCAACGGAAUCUUUAUAUCUCUGGAUUCUCCCUAUUUCUGUGGCUUGUUCUGCAGCGUGUUAUAUAUCUGAUAAUGCAGCUGGCAUCAGAGAUGGAAUCCUAUGAUACUAUGAAAACACAAGUAGAAAGUGCAAAUGAAGCUGCCAAAAAGUAUAUGGAGGGCAAUGAACAACUAAAAAAGGUCUUGAAUUCAAGUAAAGACAAUCAUGAAAUCAAAACAGAGAAUGCAAAGUUGAAAAGGGACAUUGAAAAGGAGAGAGAAGAAUUAAAGAGAAUGUCAGAAGCACUUUCCAAAUCCCAAGCAGAAGUCAUUGCUCUGAAGAAGCAGAGUGAAGGUCUUACAAGAGAAUAUGAUCGCCUUCUAAAGGAACAUGAGCAACUACAGAACAUCGCAGAAGGACAACAUGAUAAAGACCAGUAAAUGAUCUACCCAUGUGACUGUAAGGUUGUGAAUUGUUGUUCUACAAUUUUGCUUUAAUUUUGCUAAGGGAAGUUUGCUGAAAACAGUGUGUUAUAGUAUUUUUUCUCUGCAGUGGUCUGUAUGCAUUGUAAACUGUGUGAUUGCUGUCUCAUGUUAAUAUAUAAUAUUUUAGCACUGAAAAUAUAGAUCAGGUUUUCAUACACCAUAUUCACUGACUAUUGAAUAAGUUAGUCAUAUACGUUGGGGAUCUGAAUAAACAUCACAUAGGCUAAAUUUGCCAAAAUCUAAAAAUGUAGUUGUAAUUGUUACCUGUAAACGACAACCGAGAUGUUCCGCUUAUACUCCCUUUAGCCUAAGCAGCAAGUUGUCAUUCAUGCACGGUCGGGCCUUGUUUGGUUUGUCAAAGCCUAUUCCUACGUUACCGUCCCAAUUUGUGUGAAUGCAAACCUUAUGAGAGAGAGUCUUGACUAAUAGAAACGCCCAUCUGAAGAGGACCUGUUAUACCCCUUUCACACCGCACAUAUUGCUGGGUCGACACUGGUAAGCGUGCGGUAUGAAAGCACCAUGUCUGAAAUCCUGGGUCGCCUGACCCGGAAAUUCAACCUGGGAAUAAAGCAGCGUUAUACCCGGGUUGAAUACCGGGUCGACCCGGGACCCGUUUACUACAACAGGGAGAGGCGGUGCGGAGAUGAUCUCAUCUCCCAGUGCCGCCCCCGCUGCCGGCUCCGCCCCCCGCUGCUAUGGCAACCCGCCCGGCAUAUUGCCGGGUCGGGGAAGCCAGCAGCAGCAUCCAAUGCUGGAUCCCACCCGGGAAGUACUCGUUUCCAAUUCCCGGGUGGGAUCUGGCAUUGGCGGUGUGAAAGGGGUAUAAGUAAGAUUUGCCAUUUUAUUUUGGACUGGCUAAUUUCACCCAGAGCCUUGUUUUUACUUUUGAGUGGAAUUAGUCCCACUUUUGUCUUCAUCAAAAUAAACUGACAUUACUUAGGUACUAUUGAAUACAUGUCCUGUGACAACUUUGUUAAAACUGUCUCCUCUAUAUUCAAAAUACAUAACUAUAUAUACUGUGAAAAUAUAUUUAUGUGGUUUACCAAUAUACUUAGGUUUUCAAAAUGAGGGUUUGCAUGUUUAAGUUGAAUUGGUGUUCUCAUGACAAAAGUUAUUUUAUUUUUUCCAGCAUAUCUCUGUUUAAUAAAAAUAUAGCAAUACUUAUGUUCAGUUCAUUGAAGUAGCUCCCUUUAAAAAUAAGGGUAACUACAAUACCAGCAUAUAAUAAUAAUAAUCUAUAACUUCUCUCCUACCUGUUCUAAUAAAUAAUUCUAUCUACUAAACAGUAUAAAAGUGACCCCACCAUUUGGCAAAACUGUAGGAUAAAUAGACCAUAAGGGCACAAGGUUUUCUUCUUGAACAUGAUUUCAUUCAGCCAUUUGUGUCUGUAUUUUCCAUCCAGCCUCUUCCAGUUUGUGCACACAUUGCAAUUGUGGCACAGUUUGGCGUAAAACAACUGCAUUUGAUGAUGAAAUACAGUAUCUGACCAACUAACUUCAGGUUUCCACUUCCUCCUAUGUUAUGGUAUUUGCAUUAGAGAUGUGCAGGUCCGGAUUUACUUGGUUCUUAACGCCAGAAUUAACACUAGUUCGGAUUAUCCGGAUUUUUCUUAUUGGCUAACCAAAACACGUGACAUCCGAGAGCCAAUAAAAUGCCAUUUUGAAAACCGGGUAAAUCCGAACCCGCACAUCUCUAAUUUGCAUGCUCAUGAUAUUAUCCACGUGACAAAGGUUAGGUCUGCUUCUAUCUCCAGUAAAACUGCAGUUCAUUUAAACAGUGAAAUUCUCUUACGCUAGUGCUAAUCCGAUCUAUGAAUGCUGCUGGCACCGUUCAUAUAACGUAGCAGUGUUUGUGUAACAGAAACCUUCUAUUUUAUUGUUAUUAUCUAAUAAACACUAAUUUAUGUAAUUGAUCUUUUUAAUUGUUCUAUACAUUUUAGAACAUUAAAUGGGGAAAUGCUUGGUACCAAAAAAUAUUGUACAAAAAUACUGCUACUGAAUCUUGUAAUAAAUGUUCCUUUCUGUAACACAAAACUGAUAAAGAAUCUACCAGUCCUUUGAUAUAUAAAGAAUUUUUUUGUUAGCAAAAUCCAUAGAUUGGUGUGAAUUUCUGACUUAUGCUGUGUGCUUUAAAUUGAAUUUCAGAUAUAUUGGAGAUUAUGGAUACAUUAAAAGCAGACCAGAUGCAUGAAUGGAUAGAUUACACCAUUAUAUUAUUUUUGGGGUCACAUCGGUGCCAAGAUAUAUAUGGUAUGGAGAGAGCUGUGUGGAGGAAUUCUUUCAGGUGCAUUGGUUCAAUUAACUGACUUGUAGUUUGCUUGAGACAUGAACAUGAUGGAAAUAAUUGCAGUUUAUUUUACACAUUUCAGUUUAGCAAAUGUGGGCUGUGAUGUACAAUACAUAAUUACCCAUAUGAACUGCAAAAACUUUUAGUAAAGACUUGUACAUAAAAUAAUUACAAAUGUAGUUUGCUUUUGGGUAAAAAUAUUUUUUUGUAAUGGUUCAUAUAAGGGGGGAAGGGAAUUGUGCCAUUUUUACCUGUUUAGCAUUAUACAAAAGUAAUUGUGACUGUCCAAUAAAGAGGGUUUUCAGUACUUGUUUCAUUGAAGACGUUUACAAAAGUGUGUAUUUAGCAUAUGUAUGAGUUAAUGUAUGUAAUAAAAUACACAAAGCUUCUCAUUUACAAUGUUUCACUGAUUAAAGUUCUGUUUGCUUA